UUCUUCUCUUCAGCGUGGAAUCGGCCGGCAUUUGCGUCGUAUGCACGUUCGCUGCGCGGUGUUAACUUUGAAGCUGUAGGAGAGCAUAAGACGUCUGGAAUCUCAAAAAACGCCUAGGAGCUCCCUGGGACUUUGAGCGCCAUACGCCGCAUCACUCGCGAGGCCUAAAAAGAGCACCGGCAGGCCUGAGACGACGCUGCACGUGGUAACAACCUGUAAUGACGGUGCCGGCUUAGCGCUCUUUGUUUCCUCCACUUCCUCAGCGUGAAUUACUUUGUCGCCGCGAAAAGCUCGACAAUGACGAAUGCGGACGUUGAUAACGUGUCCGCCGACGAAGUUUCGGCGCUGGAGACCAAAAUCAUCACUCAGGUGGAGUACUAUUUCGGCGACUUCAACCUGCCCCGCGACAAGUUUCUCCAAGGCAAGCUCAAGGAGGACGACGGCUGGGUGACCAUAGAGACCCUGCUGACCUUCAACAGGCUCAAGAGCCUCACGACCAAGUCAGACGUGGUGGCCGCGGCGCUUCGAAAGUCCACCAGCCAGCUGUUGGAGGUCAGCGAAGACGGCACCAAGAUCCGUCGCAGUCCUGCCAAGCCCGCGCCGGAGAGCAACAAGGAACAGCAACAGAAACUUGACGAGCUGAGCGUGUAUGUCAAGGGUUUCCCUCCAACCGCCACCAUCGAUGAGCUGCUGGAGUUCUUCGGACGUUUCGGCAAGUGCAUCAACGUCUUCAUGAGACGCUACCCGAAGACGCGCAAGUUCAAGGGCUCCGUGUUCGGCACGUUCGCGACAAAGGAGGAGGCCGACGCGUUCCUCGCCAAGGAGGACGUGAAGUACAACGAGCUCGAACUGACGCGCUCCCUCAAGACUGAGUACGUGGCGCGCAAGAAGCAGGAACGUCAGGCCAGGUUGGAGGAGAAGGCGAAGAAGAAAGCUGCCAACGACGAAACAUCGGCGGGAGGAGGAGGAGACGCCGCCGAUGAGGCCGAGGCCCCCGACAUCGUGCUGGGCUGCAUCCUGCGCGUCAAGGGGCUCGGCGACAAGACGACCUGGGAGAACCUCAAGGAAGCUUUCGCGCCUUACGCCAAGGUCGCCUUCGUCGACUACUCCAGGGGACAGCCGGAGGCCGUGCUGCGUUUCGCGGAGGAAGGCUCCGCUCAGGCCGUCCUGGCCAAACUCGGGGCUCAGGAAGAGGCCCUCAAGAUCAACGGCAACCAGGUAACUGCGGAGGCCGUGGAAGGGGACGAAGAGGUCGAGUACUGGAAGAAGCUGACCGCAGCCAAGCGAGACAGGAAGAACCGAUUCAAGAGUGGUCAACGGGGUAACAAGGGUGGCCAACAGGGAAGGGGUCGCGGACAGGGCGGUAGGAGGCAAGAUCGGGGAAAGAAGAGAGCCGCUGAAGACGACGCCGCGGCUGGCGAUGCGACGGAGAAGAACAGUGAAGUCAAGCAGGAGAAGAAAGACGCGCAAGAAAACGAGGCAGACAAAAGCGAAGCCAAGCGGUCCAAGACCGAUGAUGGUGUAGCCGCUGCCGAAUAAGCAAGAGGGGGAGUCUACAUGGGGGGUUUACCAAGUGGGACCUGCAGCUGCUUCAUGGACAGUGUUGUUUUCAUUUCAUUUCUCGUUUGUUUCAUGUACCAUAUAUUGAGUACGAUUGGCAGUUGUAACCCUGUAACUCCCUCAUAUGCAUAAAAUGUACAUUUCGUGCGCCA